GCAGCUUUGCACAUCAUUGCUGGGCAGCUCAACGAGGAUCAGAUUAAGAGCCUUCGAGAUGUUUUCACAAGCUUGGACAAGAACGGUGAUGGGCUUUUGACGCAUGCAGAAUUGAAGGAUGGCUUGGGAAAAUCCGGCCUCAAAGACAUACCUCCGGACCUUGCAGCUAUUCUCGAUGGUGUUGAUGCUGAUGGAAGCGGUGUCAUUGACUACACGGAGUUCCUAGCAGCGACGCUGGAUAGGCAGCAAUACAUGAAGGAGGACGUUUGCUGGGCAGCUUUCCGAGUGUUCGACAGAAAUGGAGAUGGGCAUAUCUCCAAAGAUGAGCUCAAGCAGGUGCUCAGCAACAGCGAAGUAGAGGAUGCAUUGGGCGCCAAAGCCAUUGCUGAAUUGAUGUUGGAGGUUGACAGCAAUGGUGAUGGCAUCAUAGACUUUGAGGAGUUUAUGGCCAUGAUGAAAGGUUCAGGAGGACCACCCACAAGCCCGUGA